AUGGCUACAGCAUAUACAAUUAGGCGAUUAGCAAGAAAAAUCGAUCGUUGGUGGAUUCAUCAAUUUCAAAAUCCAGGAGAGAUCUUACCAUUGACCAUGUCUCACAUGGGAUGGGCGCUUGACCCCAUAGCCCAGAUGAUUUUACCCGUUAUAGAAAAUGAGGGAUCCCAACUGCUACCCAAAGAAGAGCGUGAACCUGUUACAGAACAAGAAAACCAAUCACAGCAAGAACAACAACCCAACGACGAUACUACUACUACUACUACUACAGCUCCAAAGGAACAAGAACAACAACAGCAGUCCAUAGCACAAGGACCUACUCAAGAAACUAACAAGCGUCGUAAAAGAAAACGAAACCGAAAAAGAAAAAUGGCAGGCGAUCGAGUCAAUCAACAAGAGGAUUAUUCAUCCUAUCAACGUGCUGGUGGUGGUGAUGAUGAUCGAUAUUACAAAAAGAAGUCCUCAAAGUAUUACAACAAUGGCGAAAAAAGAAAAAGUAGCAGGCGUCGUUAUCGUGAAAUGCAAGAUCAAGACUACCCAGACUCUUACAAUGGUGGUGGUAGCAGUAGCGGAAGAAGAGGCAAGGCUAGAGACCACCAUGAUGAUACAAGCAACUCGAUCGUAUCCACUGAUGGUGUUGGAGGUGGAUCAUCUGAUGCAACUAGUAGCACCAAGCGUUCGUCUCGUAGUGGUGGAAAGCGUUCAACAAGCGAUCGUCAUCGCACAUACGAACAAAGCAAUGAUCCUUUGAAUGAUAACAGAGAAGGAGAACCUUAUCGUAUCGACAACUUAUCAAGCGAUCGAGUUGAUGAUGCUGAGCAAGAUGUGGAUAUCCCUGACCAAGGUUUUGCUCCUCCUCCACCUCGUAUCAGCAAUGAAAAGAAUACCACAUUGCCUGAAAAGUUUCUAUCAAGCCCUACCAUGGAACAACUUGGAUUGGAUGAAGAAGACACCCGCAAAUUCAUGCAAGCCUUCAAGGCCUAUAACAAAUUAAUGGCCAAGGAACAUAUGAAGCAAACGAAUGGUGAUGACCAGGACGCACUUUUACCACCCAUGGAUGAUGAGAAGUAUGACCCACAGCAAGAAGAAGAACAACCAUCCAAGGAGGAGGAUGAUCCAUCACUACCACAACAACAAUCUGAUGAUGGCUCCCACAAGCUGAUUGAGAAUAAUGUCAAAUAUGAUCAAAAGCCGUCCAAGCCAACCUUAAAGGACCUCGUGGGCAAAAAAGUGGACAAGGAAGGCAACGUUGUGGAUGAUGAAGGCAAGGUGCUUGGCAAGGUUUCCAGAGACAUGUCCUAUCUCGACGGCAAAACGGUGAAUGAAAAUGGCGAUAUUGUUGAUCCUUCUGGUAAUGUUUAUGGCAAGGCAGAACCCGUCGAUCCACCACCUGCAUCAACAGCCAACAACAAAAAGAGUGGUUCAUCACUUGCUGUGCGUAACGGUGAUGAAGACGUGAUCGUCAAUGUGGAUGCUCAUAAAGGUGGUAUCUCUUUUUCAAUCCAUAUUCCUCGUGCAAAGUAA